UAUCACCCUCAAAAUCCCUUCAAAUUAUAUCACAUAAUCAAAAAAGAAAAAUAAAAAAAUAAAUAAAAAAAAAAGAAUAAUUCCCUUGAUCACAUUUCAAUUUUCAUAACCAAUAUUAUAUUAUAUUCUAAAAAAAAAUAGAAAUAAAAUGGGCAACGCCGACCAUAGUUACGACCCGUCGUUCAACGACAACUACUACGGCUCCGCUAACCACCGGGUGGAGAUACCUCCACCGCAGCCGUUUGUGAAGUCUAUUAAGAAUACGUUGAAGGAGACAUUCUUCCCCGACGACCCGCUACGGCAGUUCAAGAACCAACCGCCGAGGAAGAAGCUCGUACUGGGGUUUCAGUAUAUUUUCCCUAUCCUUGAGUGGGGCCCGCGUUACACGUUGGAGUUUCUUAAGGCGGACCUCAUUGCCGGGAUCACUAUAGCCAGCCUUGCCAUACCGCAGGGGAUUAGUUACGCAAAACUCGCAAACUUGCCGCCGAUUCUCGGUCUUUAUUCGAGCUUUGUUCCACCGUUGGUAUAUGCUGUAAUGGGAAGCUCGCGGGAUUUAGCGGUGGGGACUGUGGCCGUUGGAUCGCUUCUGACGGGUUCCAUGUUGAGCGAAGUGGUGAGUCCGACCGAUGAUCCGAAACUGUAUCUGCAUCUUGCUUUCACGGCCACAUUCUUUGCAGGUCUUUUUGAAGCAUCCUUGGGCAUUUUCAGGCUUGGGUUUAUCGUGGAUUUUCUAUCGCAUGCAACGAUAGUAGGGUUCAUGGGGGGAGCAGCGACGGUGGUUUGCCUUCAACAGCUGAAAGGAAUACUUGGACUUGACCAUUUUACCCAUGCUACCGAUAUCAUCUCUGUCAUGCGUUCUGUUUUUACUCAAACUCAUAGCUGGAGAUGGGAAAGUGCUGUUCUGGGAUGUGUGUUCCUUUUCUACCUGCUGCUCUCCAGAUACUUUAGCAAAAUGAAGCCAAAGUUGUUCUGGGUAUCUGCAAUGGCUCCAUUGACAUCUGUAGUAUUGGGAAGUCUUUUGGUCUAUUUCACCCAUGCUGAAAAACAUGGUGUCCAAGUGAUCGGAGAUUUGAAGAAAGGGAUAAAUCCGGCAUCAUUAAUGGAUCUCAACUUCGACUCGCGGUAUCUUACCGGAACAAUCAAGACCGGCAUUGUCACCGGCAUUAUAGCUCUCGCUGAAGGAAUAGCGGUGGGGAGAAGCUUUGCCAUGUUCAAGAAUUACCAUAUUGAUGGUAACAAAGAGAUGAUUGCUUUUGGCAUGAUGAAUAUUGCUGGUUCCUGCACUUCUUGCUACCUCACUGCAGGUCCGUUUUCGCGAUCGGCGGUGAACUUCAACGCGGGGUGCAAAACCGCAGUUUCGAACUUAGUGAUGGCAUUUGCAGUUAUGAUAACUUUAUUAUUUCUAACUCCGCUCUUCUACUACACGCCGCUCGUCGUGCUUUCAUCCAUAAUAGUAGCUGCAAUGCUCGGCCUAAUUGACUACGAAGCGGCUAUCCAUCUAUGGCACGUCGACAAAUUCGACUUCCUUGUCUGCAUGAGCGCGUACAUCGGUGUAGUCUUCGCCAACAUCGAAAUCGGUUUAGGCCUUGCCAUUGGAUUAUCCAUUAUGAGGGUGCUACUAUUUGUGGCAAGACCAAAAACCUUAGUGCUCGGCAAUCUGCCCGAUUCUAAGGUGUACAGAAGCGUCGAUCAGUAUCAGAACGCAACUAACGUUCCCGGAGUUUUGAUUCUCGAGAUUGAUUCUCCGAUUUACUUUGCUAAUUCGAAUUACUUGAGAGAAAGAAUCUCGAGAUGGAUCAAUGACGAGGAAGACAAGUUAAAAUCAUCGGGAGAAACAGUCUUGCAGUAUGUUGUACUCGACAUGAGUGCCGUUGGAAACAUUGACACGAGUGGUAUUAGUAUGCUCGACGAGGUUAAGAAGACCGCAGAUCGGAGAGGGCUCAAGCUAGCAUUGGUGAAUCCGGGGGCAGAGGUAAUGAAGAAGCUGAACAAGUCGAACUUUCUGGAGAAAAUAGGGCAAGAAUGGAUAUUUUUGACAGUUGGAGAGGCUGUUGGAGCAUGCAAUUACAUGCUUCACAGUUGCAAUAUUGAAUCACAAAAGCAUAGCAACAAUAUAGUGUGAUCACAUAUAUAUAGUACUAGUUCAUGGAUAUGAUGUUUGGAUCAAAUUGCAAUGUCGUUUAGUUUGGUCCGGUUAUAAUUAAAUCAAUUCGGUCCGGUUAUAAUUAAAUAAAUUGCAAUGUUUAGUUUUGAAAUCUUGUAUGUAUGCUGGUUAAUUAAUCGCAUGUGCUUAAAAC